GCCACCUGUCGAUUUGUUUAUAAAUGUGUCUUCGUAUUUUAUAGCAGCCAAUCCAAACAUAUGAAAAGCGCAACGACUAUAGCGAAGUCGCCGCGAAGCAGAAUACGAGCAGAAUGGUAUCUGUUGACGUACACGUGCUGUUUUUUGCUAAGUGCCGUGAAUUAGCUCAGACUACUCGCUCAGUUUUUACAGUCCCAUCUGAAAUUAAAGCAGCUGAUUUAUUAGAGCAACUUGUUUUACGAUUUGGGCUAACGACCAUAAGGCAUAAUUUAAUCAUAGCUCAUAACGAAUCGUACAUCGAAAACUUAAACGAGAGUAUAAUUUUAAAGGACGGUGACGAAUUAGCUGUAAUACCGCCCCUAAGUGGAGGCUAA